ACUUUUCCACCUCCUACUCUUUCGAUAGCCCAUUUUCCGGAAAGGGUGAUCCGUAUGCUACCGUAGCAGGACUGGCGGCGGGAACGCGACUGCGCAGGUGCCUAAGCCUGGGGUCUGCACAAGCGCGGAUAAUUACUGCUGGAAACGGAAAAGAGACAGGAUAAGCGAUUUCGUGUCUGUGUAAAAAAAAUUAAUAAAGAGUUAUUCUACAAUUCCUUUCAAAAUCCUUCUUGUAUAACUGGGAAUGGCUUCCGUUUCCAAACCCUUUCUUGCCGAUGCCGGCUACGGGGAGCAGGAAUUGAAUGCCGAUGCCGCACUCAUGGAAUUGGAUAAAGGUCUUCGAUCUGGCAAGUUGGGAGAACAAUGUGAGGCUGUUGUCCGUUUUCCAAGACUCUUUCAGAAAUAUCCAUUCCCAAUUUUAAUUAAUUCAGCAUUUUUAAAGCUAGCUGAUGUUUUCAGAGUUGGUAACAACUUCCUGAGGCUGUGUGUUCUGAAAGUGACCCAGCAAAGUGAGAAGCACUUGGAAAAGAUCCUGAAUGUGGAUGAAUUUGUAAAAAGAAUUUUCUCAGUUAUUCAUAGCAACGAUCCAGUUGCUCGAGCAAUCACACUAAGGAUGUUAGGCAGUAUGGCUUCCAUUAUCCCUGAGAGGAAGAAUGCACAUCACAGUAUCCGCCAAAGCCUCGAUUCACAUGACAACGUUGAAGUUGAAGCUGCCAUUUUUGCUGCAGCCAAUUUUUCUGCCCAGUCCAAAGAUUUUGCAGGAGGAAUAUGUAACAAAAUCAGUGAAAUGAUUCAAGGUUUAGCCACUCCAGUAGACUUGAAACUGAAGCUGAUCCCCAUUCUGCAGCAUAUGCACCAUGAUGCCAGCCUGGCUUCCAGUGCACGUCAGCUGCUCCAACAACUGGUGACAUCUUAUCCAUCUACUAAGAUGGUCAUUGUGACUUUGCAUACAUUUACCUUGCUUGCUGCCUCCUCUCUGGUUGAUAUCCCCAAGCAGAUAGAACUCUUAUUGCAAUACAUGAAGAAUGACCCAAGAGAGGCUGUAAAGAGGCUUUCUAUCCAAGAUUUAAAACUGCUUGCAAAAAAAACUCCACAUACUUGGAGCAACGAGAAUAUUGAGGCCCUAUGUGAAUGUGCUCUUCAAACUCCUUAUGACAGCUUGAAACUAGGCAUGCUAUCUGUGCUUUCUACCCUGUCAGAUACAAUAGCCAUCAAACAGUACUUCAGCAUUGCUCCAGGAACAAAAUCUACUACAGCAAGGUCAUCUGAUCUGGUCAAGCUUGCCCAGGAGAGCUGUUAUCAUAAUAAUCAGAAUAUUGCAGCACAUGGAGUACGUGUUCUGACAAAUAUAGCUGCUUCUUGUCAAGAAAAAGAACUUUUGCCAUUGGAGCAAGAUGCAGUCUUUGGCCUUGAAUCUCUUCUUGUUCUUUGUAGCCAAGAACCAACUUCAUCUCCCGAAGCGACUUUAAAGAUCAUACUCACUUGUAUGGUGAAGCUGGCAAAGAGUCGCCCCCAUCUGAGCCAAUCCAUCGUGGAGUCCUUGUUGACACAGCUACCUCGUGCUCAGGAGGCUGCUAGAAUUCUCAUAUGCCAUUGUUUGGCAGCCAUUGCGAUGCAGUUACCCGUCUUAGGAGAUGGAAUGCUGGGAGACCUGAUGAAUCUGUAUAAAGUGAUUGGAUGUUCUGCUUCCAAUAAACAGCAAGAGCUUUUAGUUUCUCUUGCUACUGUGAUAUUCGUUGCCAGUCAGAAGACAUUAUCUUCUGAAGUGAAAGCUGUUAUCAAACAACAGCUUGAAAAUGAUUCAAAUGGAUGGACAGCUUAUAGGAUAGCCAGGCAAGCUUCAAGAAUGGGUAAUCAUGGCAUGGCCAAAGAGCUUUAUCAAAGCCUGCUGACUCAGGUAGCUUCGGAACACUUCUACUUCUGGCUGAACAGUCUGAAGGAGUUCUCCCAUGCAGAGCAGUGCUUAACCGGGCUGCAAGAGGAAGAUUACAGCUCUGCCCUUUCUUGCAUUGCUGAGUCACUAAAAUCUUAUCACAAAGGAAUAGCAUCUUUAACGGCUGCCAGCACACCACUUAACCCUUUGAGCUUUCAGUGUGGGUUUGUUAAACUACGGAUUGACUUUCUCCAAGCUUUCUCUCAGCUCAUUUGCACCUGUAAUAGCCUGAAGACUAGUCCCCCACCUGCUAUUGCCACAACAAUUGCCAUGACUUCAGGCAGUGAUCUCCAGAGAUGUGGUCGUAUUUCCAACCAGAUGAAACUCUCCAUGGAAGAAUUCAGAAACCUUGCAGCAAGAUAUGGUGAUCUCUAUCAGUCUUCUUUUGACGCAGACUCUGAAACACUGAGAAAUGUGGAACUGCAGCAGCAGAGUUGCUUAUUAAUAUCACAUGCAAUUGAAGCUCUGAUUUUAGAUCCUGAAUCUGCAAGCUUCCAGGAAUAUGGGUCUGCGGGAGUAGCCCAUGCUGCAAGUGAAUAUGAAAGGAGAAUGAUGUCUGUGUUUGGCUGUGUGUUGGAAGAAGUGGAGGCACUGAACCAAAAAUAUGCACCAGUAUCCUACAUGCAUACAGCUUGCUUAUGCAGUGCAGUCAUUGCCUUGCUGAAAGUCCCCUUGUCAUUUCAGAGGUAUUUUUUUCAGAAGCUACAAUCAACUAGCAUUAAGCUUGCCCUAUCACCCUCUCCACGUAACCCUGCUGAGCCCAUUGUGGUUCAAAAUAACCAACAACUUGCAUUAAAAAUAGAGGGAGUAGUCCAGCAUGGCUCCAAGCCAGGCCUUUUUCGAAAGAUUCAAUCGAUCUGUCUAAAUGUGUCAUCAACUCUGCAGAGCAAACCUGGACAAGAGUAUAAGAUACCCAUUGACAACCUAACUAAUGAGAUGGAACAGAUGGUGGAGCCUCACAAUGAUUACUUCAGCACACAAUUCCUCUUGAACUUCAUUGUUGUUGGCACCCAUAGCAUCACAGUGGAGUCCUCAGUUCGAGAUCUCAAUGGCAUUGUAUGGAAGACAGGGCCAAAAACCACACUAUUGAUUAAGUCUCUUGAAGAUCCAUACUCCCAGCAGAUUCGGCUUCAGCAACAGCAGGGGCAGCAGCUGUCUCAACAACCACAGCAGCUGCAACCACAGCCACGGACAGCUUACUCCCGUUUUUAGCUCUCAUAUAUCAGACAAGGGCCUAUGUCAAAGGCAUUACAGAUUGUUUGGAAUUUUUUUCUUUCCCCAGGGCUCACAUUUCUUCCUCUAUAACGGCAGCAGUCUUGAUUCUUCUUUGUUUCCUUAAGCACAAUUUGCAUGUUUGAAAUGCUGUGGGAUCACUAAUAUGAUAGUAGAUUAAGGCAAUUUGUGACAAACUGGUUAUGUAAAGUUCUGCUUGAAGUUCCAGUUAUCAUCUUCAUCUCACUUCAUUACAGUUUUGCCCUUAUGAUGUAAUACAAGUCCUAGUUUAACUUAAAAAACAAUCCCCAAUUUCAUGUGAUAUCUUUCAAAUGCAGGGUUAUCAGUCACUAAAAGACUGGGAUGGACCAAUCUAAAAGAUGCUUAUAAUAGCUUCCUGCUAAACCAGCUCAUCUAACCAAGAUUCAGUACAAGUGAUGGAGUCUAGUUGCAUUACAUAACCCAGCCAAUCACUUUAAUCUAAUUUCAUCCCUUUUCUCUUAAACUGUGUUCUACUUAAAGAAUAUUUUAUCUGAAUUAUUUCUUUAUGAAAAUCACUAUGAAGCCUGAGAUAAGAAUAGUUUUGAUUGGUAUCCCAAAGCAUCCAUCUUCAUCUGCACUGCCUGUGAGAUAUCCUUCUUGGUGAGUGAGCAAGGAGAUCUAAAGGGAUUUUUUAAAAUUGCAAUCAUAAUAGCUCUUUGAAUCAUCUAGUUCCCAGUUCCUGCUGUAUAUAAUUCUGCUUAUUACACUAUGAGGAAGUACUUCCCCCACACCCUAAAAAUAAUACUAUCUGGAUUUAAAAUAAAUAUAUAACAUAAUGCAUCUAAAAGUGGGAGAAUUUUGAUACAAAGGUCCACACUGAGAAGGUGGCAUUGUUACUUAAAAAGAGAAUACAUUCUAAAGUAGAACAGUGAUAGAAGGACAAUGCAUGACCGCUAACCUGUAAUCUGAAGGGGAUGCACUUUGCCUGCUAUUAUUAGUUCCUUCCUCAUACAGGCUUAAGAAGUAUCCUGUUGAGAAGAUUCUCGCAUUACCUAUUUCAUGAAUAAAAACUUGCUGAUAGAUAUAAAAGGAAGUCAAUGGAUCUGAACACUCUGAUGGGCACAUACCAUAAAUGGUUUGUGGACUGCUUAUUAUAGUAACAAAGGAGGAAUUGUCCUUUGCAAUGGGUCAAAGCCUCUUUUCAACUGGUUGUUGUUAUUUGUUCGGUUGUGGAGAGUUUCCACCAAGCAUGUUGGUGGAAAUCCUCAUUGUCUUAUUCAGUUAAAGUGAGUUAAGGUGUGUGUGUGUGGUAGUUGCUUUUUUUAGCAAGAGGGGUUUUUAUACUGAUGGUAGGGAAAUUACUCAAAUAGGUUUUUAUUAAUUAAAUUAUUGUGUGGUUUUUUUUAUGUACAUGCCAGUUUAAUAAAUUGUUUUCAAUUUUCA